AUGAAGCACCUCAGUUCCGAAUAUCUAGAGUUUCUCUAUCCUAAUGCCAACAAAGUCUAUAAUUGCAGUGCUGAGCGUACUUCAGGACAGCGUGUUCCACUGGACUUGAACAGACUAAAUCAGUUCUCAAUUUUUCCAGGCCAGAUAGUUGGUAUUGAGGGACAAAAUCCUAGUGGACAUUAUCUCACCGCAUCCAAGCUGGUAGAUUCAGUUCCUUUAACACAUACUGCUGAUGUGGAUCUACCUCCUGCUAAGAAACAACACUUGGAUCAGGAGGUCUUAACUCCUGAAGGAGAAUCUCACGAAAGAUCAGAGGAAGCCAUUGUUCUUUUUAUUCUGGCACAUUUUUUCCCUACAUACCCUAGGCAUAUUAUAUAUCACAUUGAUCAAACUGCUGAGAUGAGGGAAAUGCAGAAUGUUGAGAAUUUUAGAGGCCGCAAAGCUGUUUUGAUAAUUGCAUCCGGGCCAUUCACAACAACAGACAACUUGCUGUUUGAGCCACUGAACGAGCUACUAGCCUAUGCAAGAAGAAAGCCACCACAGUUACUCGUCCUGCUUGGACCUUUUGUGGAUUCUGAGCAUCCAGAGAUUAAGAAAGGUGCUGUUGAUGCCACCUUUAAUGAGAUAUUCCAAGUGGAAGUCCUCAAGAAGUUCCAAGAUUAUGUGGAAUUCAUGGGUUCAGAAGUACGAGUGGUUCUGGUGCCAUCCAUCCGCGAUGCUAACCAUGAUUUCAUAUUCCCACAGCCUCCUUUCUACAUUCACAUGCCUGAUCUUGAACGUAGAAUUACACGCCUAAACAUUAACUAA